GAGGAACACUUUACUUUGUGCAACUGUUUUUCUAGCUGGACGCCUUUUCUUCUCCUGGAAACUACUGUGUUUUGUUUCAUGCAAGGAUUUGUUCUGAGGUACCUCCCAAAAGACUUCAUUCUUAUGGGUGAGGUUUACAGUCCUAAGAAUACGUAUAUGGGCAUUCGGUUCGUUUUGGUUGCAACCCAGAAUAUUCAUUCCCACAUGACUCGGCAAACCCUUUGUUUUCUGCUCUGAGCUUCUUCUCUAUUACUUUAGCCAAGUACGGUUAGUUGAGAGCUAUGUCAAAAAAGAACAACUGGCUUACAAGCAUUUUGAAGAGAUUUUUCAUUUCAGAGGCAGAAUUCAGACCAGAAAAGGGGAAGAGAAAGAGAUGGAUGCUAGGGUUGUUCUCAGAACGGAGUAAAAAAGAAGCGGCUUCAACAAGUACUGACAAUCAGCAUAAGCAGCGGCAGCAGGAGGAUGAAGUCCCAGAUUUAUUCGAGCUCAGAAUCCUGGCUGCCAUUAAAAUCCAGACUGCUUUUCGUGGUUAUCUCGGAAGAAAAGCUUUGCGGGCGAUGAAAGGAAUAGUAAGGCUUCAAGCUAUGGUUCGAGGCCAAGCUGUUCGACGCCAAGCUGUUUUGACCCUCCAACGCUUGCAAUCGGUCGUAGACAUCCAAUCACAAGUCCGCGAAAGAGGCUACAUCAUCGCAAACAUUUCAAAUGAGAAGGACAUUAAGAUAGAUUUGAACAGCAGCCACAAAAUGUGGGACUACAGAGCUGUGUCAAAGGAAGAUGCAAAUGCCAUGUCCCUAAGCAAGAGGGAGGCCUCCUUCAAGAGAGAACGUAUAAAGGAGUACUGGUUAAGUCAUCGGAAGUCAACUUCAGAGUCGGAAAAAAGUAAAAUUAAUACAAGAAGAUACUGGCUGGAAGACUGGGUAGAUUCGGAGCUAGCUAAAAUAGAAGAAGACGGUAAAGCUCUGGAUGGUGUUUGCACAAGCGGGGGAAUACGAGAGAUGAGUAGUUUGGUAUCUCCAAGAGCGCAAAAUGGAGGAAGAAGGCUGUCAUUUCACCACCACCACAAAAGGCAGCACUCCAUCAGUGUGGCGUCGUCUCCUGCUGCAGCAAAUAAUACCAUGCAGCAGCAGCUUCCAGCUUAUAUGGCGUCCACGAAAUCAGUUGAAGCAAAGGCUAGAUCAAUGAGCACACCAAGGCUACGGCCAAUGCACCACUUUGAUCUUUACUCUACUACUUCUGACAAUGAUUCUCCAUUCAAGUACAAAUAUAAGCUCUCACCUGUUAUCCGUAAUGAAGCCAGAGCAACAAAAAACAGCAGCAUGGUUGGAGGUCGUCAUCAUCGUUCAAGUUUCACUCAAAGAUUGCUGCACUCUUAAACAGCACCUUGCAGUAGCUGAUGUUCCUCCUAAGUCCUACGUCAAACCAAAUUUCUUAUUCUAAAGCAUGUUAGUUAAAAUUGGAGCCAGCGCUCUCAUUAUUAUGGAUAUAUUGUAAUACAUUGGGUUCAUGCAUGCCUUUUUAAGCUUCAGAGUUUUCUUUUUUGGAUGCUUGGUAAAUGUUUAUAAGGUUCUGAUCGCAGUAAAAUCAAUUUCACAAAAAUGAACAUGCUUGUAUUCAUGUGUGUAUGUAUGGCACUAUGGCUCAUCAAACAUUAAACAUGGAAAAGGAGCUAGGGUCCCUGAACGAGAGUAAUAUUACUGUGCAAGAUUCUAACAAUGUCUUAAUAAGGCUUCCUCAGCUCAUGGAACUGAGCUGCGUAUUAUAGGUGUAAAUGCCACAUCAACACAUAUAAAUUCUGCAGUACUGUAAGCAGCUGCGUAUACAUCAAUAUUUUAAAGUAAUAAUAAUGUAGAAUGCAGAAACCAUUUGAACAGGUGCAGAGUAGGAAUGUAAUGGAUUAGAGAAGACUGGUAUAUAACAAGUAUGAUUUUACUCCAGCGCACCAGAUUUGGUACAAAAUAACUGAGAUAAAGAAUGAUGGAUAUAAUGAUAUUGUAGGUGAAAUAUUAACCACAGUACAUGCCAACAUUUCAAAUGGAAAGCAAAAUGGCCUGAGGAAUGGAAUGAAUGUAGAAAUCAGACUCAAACCCAUCAAUGCUUGCAAACAGCAGACUUAAAUGAAGUGUCUCUUUUUCUAUCUCUCUGUUUCAUGUUGCUACCUGUCCUUUUCCAAGUAUAAACUCCAAUACUUCUUGAACAGAACUUGUAUCUCAUUAAAAGACUGAGUUUAGAAGGGAAAGUAACAUAUUCUCUAAAUUUAGAAGUGGAAAAUUUGACUCCCUACUUGAAACACCAAAGCAGUACACUAUAUAUGAUAAACAAAAAAUGCAUUGUAUAUAUUCUUUGCAUAUUUGUAGCUCAAUUUCACUGCCAUAAAUUCCAUCGGAUAUAUCAGUCCAAAUACAUUUUCAUAACCCAUAAUAAUAGAAAUGUAUUAACACAAAAUCCCAACAUUCACCUGAACUCCCCCAAGUUCUUGGGGGUUGUAGUGAUCUUCAAAUGCAUCAUCAAGGUUCAGCAAGUUUGUAUUCAUUUUCAUUUCGGGGGGGGGGGGGGGGGGGGGGGGCACAAAAUAAUAAUUUAUGAAGUGUUUUAGCGUCCAUUAAAAUCAAAUAUUACAGAUAAAUUCCAAGACAACCAGCUCCAGAAUUUACCUACGUUGAAAAUAUACUUUCCUUAAGGUUGCACACCUAUUAACACCAUACAGGGUAAAAGCCCUAUGUGGAUGGAGUAUCUGCUUGUCGUUUGGGCCGAUUAGGUCUACGUGAACUUUCUGUCUCUUCCUUUGGAGAAGUUCCAGCAGCAUCACCAUCAUCUUCCUCUGAUUCCAAUAUUGACUGCUCUAUAACAAGCU